GUUGAGCCUGGAAUGGCUGGAGUCUUGUUUUCUUGUCAUCGAGGAAAAGAAAAGCAAUCCACUAGCGAAAUCCGAAAACUGUUCACUCAGUAUGCCGAAGAUGUAUAUCCUGAUCAUGGAAAAAAGGUAAUGACCGCCGAAGAUGGCAACGAUGAAAACAGUCAGGAUCCAGAGCAAAGUAUUGAAGACGCAUUUCAAAAAGAGAUCACAGAGCUUAAGGAUCAUGAAAAAACAUACUUGUUCCAUUGGGAAAAAACCAGUGUCGAGUGCCUUGUUUUUAUGCGUACGGCUGCACCUGUUCAACCAGAGCAGUUUGUUACACAUAUUCUGGACGACUUGCUUACCAAGAAUUUAAAACGAACAAGAUUCACAUCGAGAAUAGUACCUCUUACAGAUACAUGUUUUGCUAAUGUGCCAGAUAUGACUGCGCUUGCCAAAAAAAUCACUGCACCAUUUUUUUCAACCGACGCAUCGCAAUCCGUUUCUUAUGCGAUCAUUCCCAAAUCGCGCAACAAUGAUAAAAUCAAAAGAGAUGAUAUCAUCCAAGUCGUAGCAAACCUGAUUCCCUCACAUCACAAAGUGAAUCUCGACAACCCAGAUAUAUGCAUUAUCGUUGAAGUGUUUAAAAGCAUUUGUGGCAUGUCAGUGACAAAGGAGUAUUAUAGGUUAAAGCGGUUUAAUAUUGAGAAUUUG